CUCGGUACCUAGUGUAUCACCCCAUACAAUGAAAAUGCCAGCCUCCCCAAACAGUUCUCUAUGGAUCUUUGGAUAUGGCUCACUGGUCUGGAAGCCGGACUUUGAGUUCACGUCUAGUAAAGUUGGCUUUAUCAAUGGAUACAGCCGCAAAUUCUGGCAGGGGGACACUUUCCACAGGGGCAGCCCUCAGACGCCUGGCCGAGUUGUGACUUUGCACGAGGAUUAUGAGGAAAGCACAUGGGGCAUUGCCUAUGAAGUGCGUGGAGAUCAAAUUGAAGCAUCUCUGCAGUACUUGAACGUGCGUGAGUCUGUUCUUGGUGGUUACAUCACAAAGUUGAUCAAGUUCUACCCACAAGAUGAAGGGGAAGAAGGAGCAGUUCUGUCACUGGUGUACAUUGCAACACCCCAAAACCCUAGCUACUUGGGACCAGCCUCGGAAGACGACAUUGCAGCCCAGAUCAUUGUAUCCAGUGGAAGGGCAGGGCACAACAUUGAAUAUCUCCUUCGCCUAGCAGACUUUAUGCACAACCACUGCCCUGAUGCCGAAGACAAACACCUCUUCACUAUAGAAGAGGCAUUAAUAGCUAUCCUUCCAUGUCUGUACAGCAGUGAUGAUCCUUUGGCCCUGCUCUGCUAAAACAGAUGUAUUAGCUGUAUAGAUUUAAGGUCAUCAUUAGAAUGGUUCAUCAAUGUGCCACUCCUACAUCUAUUAGCUAUGUCUACUGUGGACCUCCUUUGAUUCCCAUCUGUUCAUUGCAUCUCACAGUUGCAUGCUAACUUUGAACUUCUGCACUACUUUAUGGCACUUAAAAUUUGGUACUCCCCUCAUAGUGAACUUCAUUACUCCAGAACUGAGAAAUCUAUUGGACACAUGAUCUAAACACUGUUGUUAGGUCACAGAACUUUGUAGGCUCCUCUAGUGAUGAAUGAAAAAUGUUGGUUUAUGAAGCACAGAGAUUAACUGCUCCUGAGAAAACUACUAGGAAGCAGCUACAGAAGGAGCAGUGCCCUUUGCUUCUACAUUUUCUCUUUAUUUUGUUUUAUAUAUUUGUAUAUAGGUUUGUUAGCCCAGGGGAGCAGGUCUGUCCUGGAAACUAAUACUUAUGAAAUCUACCUCCAGGGUGGUUUUACCACUGCUGAGUCCAGUCAUGUAAAUGGAAUUCAUUUCUAUUCACAUAAAAUUGGUUGGAAGAAUGUUUAUAAAUGUUACGUUGCAUUGCCUUAAGCAAACAUGCAGGUUGGAUUAUUUAACUCUAAAAUAAGACACUACAGUUAGAUAUUUGUUUUGGUCUUGUAAAUCUAUGACAUCCUAAGACCAGAAUUAGAAAAUUUAAACCUAUUGCCUUUUCAGUAUUUUUUAAGCACCAAGUUGCAGAAAACACUGUUGGGUCCUAAUGAUUUUUGCCCUGCUUUAAACAGAUUAUAUCAUGGGUGACAGGAUCUCCAAUCUACUGCUUGGACUAUUAAGUCUUGUAAAUUAUAAAUGCCUUUAAGGGGGGUGGGGGGGGUGGCUUUAAAAUAGAAAUAUGUAAUAAUUUGUUGAGAUUACAUUGUUGACAUUUUGAAAAGAAGCACAUUUGUGAAUAUAUCUUUCAAAACUUAAUGUUUUAGGAGAUUUUAAAUAUCAUAUUCAUAGAUUUGUUUCAUACAGGAUCUGUCUGUUUCAAGGAGUCAAAUUCUUUUUAAGAACAUUAGGAUCUUUUGUCAACUUGGUGCAUUAUAGCAUAGGUGAUUGUCCAGCACACUGGCUUCUGAACUAGAUCUUAUUCGUUAGCACUAUAAAGGCCAAAUAUUAUUCCAAAUAGUCCCUGAUGCUGUAAGAGAUCAAACUGUCUGUUUAAUAAUAUGAAAAGGUUGGUAAAAGGGAUUUGUGCUGCUGACAGAUAAAUAUCUCACUAUUCUAAUGUACUGUCUUUGUUAAAGUGACAUUUUUAAGGGAUGAUGUGCAAUAGAGCUUUGGAGCAAUGUGUUAUAAAUUGACUGCAAACCAGGAAAAUGCAACUGCCAUGGGCCAUCAUGUUCUAUUGCAACUCAUUUUGAGUAAUACAGCAAUAAAAUGAAUGUAUGACCUUCUGGUUAGUACAUCUGCAGUUAACACUGGUAAAUGUUUUAUGUUGGCAUUAGGAAACUGUGCCACAUUUUGUUAUGUAUGUUUGUAAUUAGAAAGUAAUACUCAUUACUACACUUGAAAAUGUUUUCUCUCUCUGAGUCUAUACAGGAAGAAAGUGAGGGGAUUGGUUUUAUUUUUAUGCCAAAGUUUACUGUAAAGGGGGCAGAUUUUCAAAGCAGUUCAUUUUACAUUCCGUUUUCACAUUGAUCUGAAAUCAUCUGCUUCUUAUUUAGAAAGGUGCACACACGUGGCUUUCUUUGCUUUAAUUCUAAAUUUCCUGGUAAUUAGCAGUCUUAGUUUAAUUUGCUCCAUUGCCACAGUUGUAUGUAUUAUAAGAUGCAGAACAGCUGCCUCUGUGUAUGUAUAUGUAUGUACUGUAAGUAUUUUUAUACAAGCUCUGUAAUAAAAUUAUGUUGAAAAGA